AUGCUGAUGCUUUUAUAGGCAUUUAUGUAUAUUAUGUUCAACACAAAUGUUUUCAAAUGACAAAGAAAUGUUGAUAUGAUGAUGCAAGUGAACACUGUGUUUCAUAUGUUUCUGUCACAAAUAAUUCAAACAUGUAUUUUUAAUACAUAACAAUGAAGUUAAUGUCAGGUCUAUUACUUCUGCCUGAUUGAUCAGCCCUGGUGAUGUGGACCAGGCAAGAGCAGCCGAGCGCAGACACCACCAUCCCCAACCCUCCUAUGUGUCUGUGUGUAUAUAUAUCUUUUUUUUUUUUUUAAAUACUUUGGGAGGAAAAAAAACUGUCAACCAUAUCCAAAGUGGGGGACCGGGGAGAAGUAAAUAAUGUAUGCUUUUGUUCGAUUCUUUGAAGACGACAUGUGCUACGCGUUGCCCGCUUCAACUGUGGAAGAUUUCCGACCUCUGCACAAAACAGAUUUUGACAAUCAGAAGGUGUAUCUGGUUCACAGAGCCGAAGAGGAUGGCAGCGCAGGCCAGCCGUGCGAAGCACAGAUCCUUGCCCUUGCAGAUACAGUAGAGGAAUUUGAAGACAGUAUAAUGCAAAAGAAGAUGAAAAUUCCCAAGAUGUCCAUCGAGAAUUCAGGAAACUCCAUUGAGAACCAUUUUGGAGAGGAGAGGUUGCCACUCAGGCAUAAAAAGGCCCUGUCUCAGGACCAUGGACGGCCCCUCUCCAACUCCUCCAAGAGCCUCGCAGCAGUAGUGGCUCGCCUGGAGAGAAAUGCAGCCAGCUCCUGUAUGGAGGGCGAAGAGGACCCGGAUGAGGACAGGCUUGCUGACGAGGGAGAGGAUGCAGAAGAUGACGAUGAAGAUAUGGAGGCAGAACAUCAGCAGCAACAACAUCACCAGCAGCAGCAGCAGCAGCAGCAACAACAACAGCAUUUGGAGGUGGACACAGAUUGUGUGUCGGAGGUAGCUGCAGCCGUGGUUCCUCGAGUCUUGUACGAGGAGCUGGUUCACAGCUACAGGCAACAGGAGGAGGAGAUGAGGAGGCUGCAGCAGGAGCUAGAGAGAACCCGCAGACAACUUGUACAGCAGGCCAAGAAGCUCAAGGAAUAUGGCAGCUUGCUGACAGAAGUCAAAGAACUGAGGGACUUCAACAGGAGGCUGCAAGACGUACUACUCAUGAGAUUGGGCAGCGAGCCUAUGCAUGACAAUGGCACUCAGACAAUCAAAACUGAGGUGGUCGAACCCAUUGUUGAGGCCCAGGAGACGUGCAGAGAAGAAGCCAACACCAGUUCCAGCUACUCACCCUCGCCUAGAACAGUAUACACCUGCAACGAUGGGAAGGUGCACCUUGGUGGAGGAAUUUGGGUGGAAGAGGAGAAGUGGCACCAGCUGCAGCGGACCCAGGGAGACUCCAAGUUCACAAAGAACCUGGCCGUGAUGAUUUGGGGCACGGAAACCCUCAAGAACCGCAGUGUCACAGGAGUGGCCACCAAAAAGAAGAAAGACGCUCUGCCCAAACCUCCACUCUCACCCAGCAAGCUGAAAAUAGUCAGAGAGUGUCUGUACGACAGAGUGUCUCAAGAGACAGCCGACAGUGCAGAGAUUACGCAGAGAUUAUCCAAAGUGAACAAAUACAUUUGCGAAAAGAUAAUGGACAUCAACAAGUCCAUCAAGAACGAGGAGCGGCGGGAGUCCAAGCUGCUCAUCAGACAGACAGUCAAGAUGGAGAACUUCACCUACGAUGGCAUGUAGUGAUCAACCAGCGCCUUCUGCCCCCCCGUGGUUCGCAGGAUAUCCAAGGGGACUUGAUAUGUGGGUGGUCGGGGGGAUAUGUUUUACAGUUUCAGGAGCAGUUGUAUCACUUUGACACAUCGGAUUGGUCGUUAAGUGAAAUUUUUACACAAAUAGACCCCUUCCCACCUCCCGAUAGAACAACCGUUACCUUCCUCAGUGCCCAGUUUCCUCUUUGGCUGACAGACAGCUUUACCCAACAGUGCAGAGGUGAACGGGUGUGAAAAGGUUUAAUAUGAGCUUGUGUGAGUGUUUUGUUUCCUUUUAAACAUUUACAGUGGAAUUGGUACCGAGACACGGUUUAUCGAGGUGUAUGCAUUUGUGUCAAAGGAGAGAUUAGAUGUGAUUGUUAAAUUAAUUAAUUGUUCUGUGUCAGAACAUAAUCUUGCGUCAUUUAAACUUUUAAAAAGUAAAAGGGUAUUUCCCGAGACAAAGUCUUCUGAUCCUAUAACGAUGAUGAUGCCAGCUCACAUUAGAUCUUAGACGUGGAUGUUCGGUGACUACCCAAUACUGUCGGUACUUACUGCAUAGACGUCACUGUCUCAAAUGCACAAGUCUUAAUUGGUGAUAGCCAUAUUAGAUUUUGCAACAGAGAUUCUGUUGCUCCAAGAGAUGAAUAAUGAGUGUGUGCUCCCCCUUAACUCUAGGUCAAUCACAACACAUCACUUUAUUGAAAAGGGGGGGAUGGAGUCUGUAGAGAGCUAUAUUUGUUUUUGCUUUAUACGUUGACCUUUUAGUUAUGGACAUCUGCCAUCACCGAGAGAGCACAAGGAAAGGGUUCGAUGGUAUUUUCCUGCGUUACUCUGAAUCAAACAUGUCACUUUCAGACGAUUUGACUGUUUACUGAGUCGUAGUGGUACAGGCAUGUUGAUACCUAGAAAGGCCUUAAAUGGAUUUGGCAAUCACCAGGGACAUAUGUGCCCCUGGGUUUUUUUUAUAGCAAGCUGUGAUUGUAAAAAUGUAUAGUAAGCUGAAGGGAUGAAGCUUCACCUGCACUUUGCUGUGAGAAUGUAAGUGACGGGCAAGACACUAUUUUCUGUGUGACUCACGUGGUGAAGUUGAUCGGAGCCAGGCUACUUUCUAUCCCCCCCAUCCUGUUAAAAGAUGCUGGCCUGCAUGGGACGACGUGGGCAACAAUAUCGGGAGUGCUGCUGUGCACGGUUGUGGUCCAUCUCCGUGUGGAAGCAGUGUUAGCUGUGGGUAAAGCUGUCUGAAAAACUGUUGUGCUGUCGAAGUUGUCUGGGCCUGCUGAACCCUGUAAUAACCCCCUCUUUUUUAAGCCAUGCCACUGGGGAACAAAGUUAGGUCGCUCCGGUGACAGCUUCCUGAGCUACGCCGUCAGAACUUUGAAAAUUGUCCUCUUUUUCUCAUGUUUUUUCUUUUCUUUUUUCUCUCCAGUUGUUUUACUGUUUUGAUCCAAAAAGGUUUGUGUGGCUGUCUGCAGGCUGGAACUAAACGCUGCAGAUUGAAAUCUCAACUGUGACCUAUAGCUGUGGCUAACUGUGAAUCUGCUGCAGAGCUGCCCAUCAAGCCUUUCUCCUCUUCACACUCGAUUCUCGUUUGUCGGUUGGUUUAUUUCUCUCGAUCAUUUUGUCUGUCUCGGUUUUUGUUAUUUCAAAAGUUCAGAUCAGCCUUUUUGUUGAGCUACCUUAUAUUUUGUGUACAUAAAAACACAUCUUUUUGGUUUUUCCACCAAACAUCGAUACAGUUUGUAGUCAUGUGACCCUCUUACAUUUUUCAAGGUUCUGGUCAAGGUUUUGUUUAAUUAAUAAUUUAUGUUGUAAUUUCAUGUCACCCAACAAUUUGUUGUUUCUUUGUAUGUUUCCAUAUAUUUGCUGGGGUUUUUUUUUUCAUAUGAAUUGUUGGCUUUAAGCUCGGCGUUUUAUCCAAAUGUAGACCAGUGGAAUCUACAAACAAGUUAAAAAGUUAUUUCCCUUUCUCAGCCAAAGCAAGAUCUGUGGAACGAGAGACAAGACUUUACGUGACAUAAUAUUUUGACAGAGCCCAUAUAUUAAGCUACAUUCACAACAUGAUAUUUGAUGAGCCUCCCUCAAAAUACAAACCUUGUAAUUAUCUGCCAUAGUAAGAGGAAAAAUCGGUAUCGUUAAACCAUUGUACACUAGCUAUUAGAUCGACACAAAUCAUUUACAUUGAAUGCACUUUAAAGCUUCUGGGCAGUUUCCUCAAUCUUAAAGAAAUGUAUUUGUGGUAUUUGUCCUUUUUUAAAUGUCUAUAGAUUAAGGCCUAACAAUCAUUGUAUUAUCAUGAAGCACCUUAGAACAUUUUGGUUUAUAGUUUAUUUUGUGGCAAGAAUGAGAUAUGAGAUAUAGUCAGAAAUGCCCCUGACAGGCCAAUGCUCCAAGCAAACUUGAUAGAUUUAAUACUUCCAAAGUGAAUUUUGGAAUAUUUGCAGCGAUUAGAAAACAAGAUUUCCACAAGUGAAAUUAUGUUGAAACUGGAUUCCACAACUCAAUCACAGCCUGACGAACAAUAAUUGGCUUUCUUGGCAAAUUGACAAGCAAAAGCCAAAAUCUCUUUGAUAAACCUGAUUGGUUUUCAAGCGAAACGUGGUUCACCAAUCUUAAGAUAUUUACCUAUGAAAUGUGCAAGAUGACUGGAAUAUGUGCUUUAACUUGUCGUGUCAAGAUGCUGGUUAUGUAUAGGUAUGACUUAUUGUAUGGAGAUGAUUGUGUAUUUUUUACAAAUGAGUGAGCUGAGAUCAAGGUAAAAAAGGGGGAUGGUGCUGAAAGAUGAAUCAGCAGGGUUUGCACAAAAAAAUGGCCCAUGCCAAGGUAAAAGAGCUUUGUGAAUCUUAAGCCACCAAGAUGGUGACACAUUAUUGAUAUAGUAUUUUGAGUUCCUAAGAAUUUUGCUUCAGUUUUUUCUCCCCCCCUGUACAAAGGAAUGUGUGAGAUUGAUGUGCAAGCAUGGAUUUAAAAUACAUGCGAUUUAAAAAGAUAAGAAGAAAAAAGAUUUCUGCUGUGCAAAGCAACUUCGCAGAGAUUCUGACACAUUGUCGUGUAUUGUGUUUUUUUCUUGUUGUUUGAUGCCAAAAGGGGGUGUGGUUUCAGAGGCUGGUUUCCUGGAGCGUGAUUAAGCCUAAUCCUCUAACUAAAACCAUCUUUAGUUGAUGAAAGCUGCAAGGAAGUAGUGUUUUUCACCCAGAUUUGGCUAAAUCUGUGAUAGCAAGUCCGAUCUCUAUCAAAUGUACUAGCGUAUUAGUAACAUACACCAAUAUUUAACCUGGCAGAGCCAUUAAUGGACGAUGUUGGCUGGUUUGGCUCGGUAACAACACCAGACCUCCCAGUACUCUCACUGUCACACUCAAGUAGCGAUAGGAAGGAAGUGUAACUCCGCUGGCUCUGUGAUCCUCCUCCUGUGCCACCUCCGGGUCGUUACUCUCCUCACAUUUAUAUGGAAUGGAUUUUAAAAUGCACAUGUAUCAAGAUGAUGGCCGAUCCUCUCCUCCUCGCUUGGUGUUUUGGCGUAUGUUGUGAACAGCUGUCGGAGCUCUGGAAGUGAGGGAGCUUUAUGUUGUGUUUUGACAGUUUCAUUGGGGGGAAAAGAGAUCAGUUUCUAGCUUUACUGUGUGGAACAAAGAUAAAUGGCAUCUUGCAGGUUUUUGAAAAACCAAGGGUUCACAGGAAACAUCAGUAUUAGAGCCUCAGAUACAAUGUCACUCACUCCAAAAUUACACAAAUGAGAGGAAGACAUUGCAAGGCCUAUAUUUUUCUUAAGGUAUCAGUAACUUUGUAUACAAUCCACAAACCGGUUCUACUUCAUCUUAACUUCACCGUCCUACCUCAUUGUUACUCUGGUGUUUGUUUGUCAGUGACUGUAAACUAUGUGUAUGUAUUUAAAAAAAAUCUAUAGGAAGAGGUAUACCUGGUUACUCUCAACAUGUAUAGCAUAUAAAACUUGUAAAACACCUCAGUACAGAUAUAUCAUUCUUAAGAGAAAUCCGUUUUUAUUACGAGCUUAAAGAUGCUGCUGUAAAAGGGUGUCUGCGUGAGGGGUCGUCUCAGAAUAUAGUAUAUACAGUAUAUAUAUAUAAAUAUAUACUGUAUAUACACCUUCGCUCUUUGCUAUGUGGUGCAGUCGAUCAGUGGUUGUUUUCUGUCUCUGUAAUGCAUUCUGAGAUUUUUACUGGUUGACGGUGCUACCAGCAAACAGUUCCAAAACUGAUCUAUUGGACCUCAAAUGGUGCUGUUUUUCUAUAUGUUUUUAUCCUUGUAUCGCUAUGUUUUAUUCAGGUGUGUCAACCGCCACUAUCCCCUCAGCUAAUCAAAAUUUUAAGCCAAAAUAUUUCGCAAAACCAGUAACCCUGCUAUUACUGUAUCAACUAUAUGCUAUCCAUCCAAAUAUUGUAGAUAGUGAUUAUAUCCUCAGCUGUGACUUUCAGAAGUACCUCAGAACUUGCUUACUUUCAAUGGAUGCAUCUGCUUCUAGGAACCGUUGUCUACCAAUAUCACAUUGUUGCAGUGUAUUUCUCAGAUAUAUGCAUUUUUAAUGGUUAGAUCAGGUUACACCAUAAAUAUAGUACGCGAUUAUUAACUCACUCAGAUGGCUGACAUAUUUAAAGGAUACCACUGUUCACUGGUUGCAUGCCAGGUUGUCAAACAGGAAAUCUCAGUUGGAAGGGAAAGUGUAGGUUACAGUAGAAGUUGUCCUCAGAUAUAUAGAUAUGUCUAUAUAUAUAUAUAUAUAUAUAUAUAUAUAUAUAUAUAUAUAUAUAUAUACUUUGAUUCAAAGUUAAGUUGUUUUCCAGAAGACUGAUUCCAUUGGUAGUUGUUGUUUAUGGUGGAAAGUAGUACACGUUUGUAAAAGUGAUUUGGUUGAAAAUGAAAUCAAAAAAUGUUACGCGUAAUUGCUGGGAGUCUUCAGGGUACUGUCGGGGAGUUUUAGCCUGCCGUGUAUGAAAUAUUAUUAUCUGGUUUAUAAUUUUAAUCUGUGAUUCCCUCUUUGUAUGUCUUUGUCCCUGACUUUCGAUAAAAUAAUAUAUAUUUACUUAUCUGUGUAAAAAACAAACAGAUGAAUUUAGUCUAGUCAUUUGUUCAUGAUUGACUUACUGUGAGCUAGUCAUAGAUGCAGCACCAUGCAGUGUUUAUGAGCAAAAACAAAGUGCAUUAUAUUUUCCUUCACCCUGUGCAGUGAUAACCAAUGGAAUCUUUUCAGCACCAAAGUGUUUUCUGUAUGUUAUGUUGUUAUUUUUGUUUCCCUUUUGGGGGGGGGGGGGGGGGGGAUUUGCUCUACCUGUCAGUAUGUAUGUAUUUGUUUUCUUGUGUUGUUGGGUUUUUUUUUUUACUCUGAUCAUGUCUAUGAGCAUACUUUGUUGCUGGGGAAUUUAUUUCUAUACUGUGAGAAGUUUGUGUUCAAACACAACGUCGGUUUCGUGGAAGCACUUAAGCCAUCCGUUGGACUGUUUUCAUAAUGGUUCAAUUGUGAGCUUCGCUCUGGGCCAGGGAAUUGACUCAGAGAGAGAGAGAGAGCGAUUGUGUGUAAUCGAGUUCCUACGCAGGUGUUGAGUUGUUAUCACCUGGUACCACAUCACCGUCGGGUGGAGGGCCAGCCAGGGCGAGAGAAGACUGGCCAGUGUUCGAACCUUUGAAUGUGUCUGCACAGCCUUGAGAUUGAGUCAAAGGGGACAAUGGCGAUAUGACAAAUCCGUACAGAACUAUUACUACAUGUUCACACCCAUGGAGUUGAAACCGAUCUACACAGGGCUGCUUGGGUAUAUAUAUAUCGGUCUGCAGCAGUUGUAACCGCAUUGCAAUGAUCAUUAGGGGAAGACAGGGUUAUUACUGUAUGGUGUAUUUCCAGCUGGUAUGAUAAUGUGAAAAGAAUAUCAAGACUAUUGCAGUAAACACUCCCUCACCCUACUUCAGCCUCCCAGAGGCACAACUGUACAUUUUCAGACCAUGUUGUCAGUAUAUGCGGUAGAGAGUGUACAUGUCUUUGCUAAACCGGCCACACCUCUGCUAUGCGAGCAACUCUUUGACGCUUAGCAUCCUGCUCUGUGUUUUCUCUUGCUGCAUUCAGGAACACCUGUCUAAUGUAUAGAUAAACAGAAAUAAAUCCAGACUUUUAUUCUAUCA